UUAAUUUAUCAACGAGAAGGAUAACGAUACUGGCAAAAGAAUAACACUACGAACGAAAGUGCGGCAUGAUGAAUAAAGUGAAUAACUAUGAGCUUAAAGGAAAUUACGAUAACAGCGUGAUAACUAUAACAAGUGGGAUAACUGUUAACGUAAUGGAUAACUACGUGAAUGAAAGGGUGAAACUCAAGGUGUUCUGGGCGUUAAACUAAACCAACCUACAGGCGCAACUCUUCAAUCAUUGUAAAAAAAAACAUUACAGAGAUUCUCGUGAAAGUUUGCUCCGAGGGCGAAUAUUAACGCGAGUGAUGAACAUUGUAUUUAGUCAAGACAAAAUAGUUUAAUAGGUUAUAGUUUAUUUUUCAUGGUUUUCUAACAGCAGACCAUAUAAAUUCAUUCGAGGGUUCUCAAAAAUGGGGACCUCGGUGCUAACAGUUUACAUCAAAACUGUUUGUUUACUGAUCGUGUUACACAACCCGGCGCAUGCGCAAGAGUUGAAGAAUGACAAGUACGACUUAUACGAGGAAGUCGAUGUCGGGACAUUCAUCGGGAAUUUAAGCUACCGGCUCAGCCAGGUCCCGAACCUGAGCUUUGCCCCGAUCGAACUCGGAAACCAGUACGUGAAACUUUUCAACAUCGACAACAGAACUGGCGUCAUCACCACGAGUCAGCGGAUCGACCGAGAGGGGCUCUGUCAGAAGAAAAUCGAGUGCCAGAUCAAUUUUAAGGUGGCGGCGUUCAUUCAGCAAAACCAGCCGUUGUACAUCUUCAUUGAGGACAUCAACGUCCUUGACAUCAACGACAACAACCCGAAAUUCCCCAGUCGGACGGUCACCCUCCCCAUCCCGGAAAACAACGACGAGAAUUUUAGCCUGCUGACCAGCGUGGCCACCGAUGACGAUUCCGAGGGCCCGAAUUCGAAAAUCGCGUACAGGCUUGACCCGCCGGUGAGCAGCCUGUUCGAGGUGAGCACCUCUAAGACCAGGGACGGCCUUGAGGAUCUGGUCAUCACGGUCAAGAAAUCGUUAGACCGGGAGGUCACGUCAUCGUACACGCUCAAGGUCGUGGCCACGGAUAACGGAAGCCCCCAGCUCAACGGCACCAUGCUGAUAACAAUCCAGGUCACCGACCUCAACGACAACGCGCCGGAAUUCGGACAGGCGAAAUACGAGGCGAAUGUCUUGGAGAAUUCGGACAUCACUAAUCCGGUCAUAAUUGUUUCCGCGUCGGAUAAAGACGAGGGGAUUAACGCAAAGCUGACGUACGGGCUGAGCGCAGAAGCGUCAGCGGAAGUGGCCAACAUGUUCAUGGUCGACCCGGACACGGGUAAAAUCUUCACCCGGCUGAACCUGGACUACGAGCUGAAGUCCGUGUACCGGUUUCCGGUGCGGGUCAACGAUAACGGGAGUCCCCAGAAAUCCAGCUUCGCCUACGUGACCAUCAACGUGCUUGACGUCAACGAUAACGACCCAGUCAUCACCAUCAACAGCCCGGGCAGCGUCAGCAUCGUGGAGGACAAGUCCGUCAACGUCUUCAUCGGCAUGGUCAGGGUCAGCGACCGCGACAGCGGGAACUUCGGGAAGGUCAGCUGCGCGGUCAACGACCCCAACUUCAGCCUUGACCCCGUGAGCACCGACGUGUACCAGUUGAAGCUGAUCAACGUCCUUGACCGCGAAGAACAGGCGGUUCGAAAUGUUGUGAUCACGUGUCAAGACGGAGACGUCCGGCCGCGUACCACCUCGACCACGUUGGUACUUCCGGUUCAAGACGUCAACGACAACGCCCCCAAAUUCACGCCCAGCUCGCUGUUGGGCUCGGUCAUGGAGAACAAAAACCCCGGGACGUCGGUCGUGCGGGUGAUGGCCGAGGAUCUCGACGAGGGCGAAAACGCCAGGGUCACCUAUGCCUUGACGGGCGGCGAAGACGAUCUGAACCUCUUCACCAUCAACGAGGUGACCGGGGUCAUCACGACGACCGAAUCGCUGGACCGCGAGCUCAAGGCCGAGUACCGGAUAGAGGUCACCGCAUCCGAUCACGGCGAACCCGUGCAGAAAACAUCCGCCACGGUGACGAUUAAAGUUCUGGAUGCCAACGACAAUCCGCCCAAAUUCCGACGUCCGGCCUUCUUCAACACAAUUGUGGAAAACUUACCUGUAGGAUCGCCAGCGGGGGACGUACCUGCCUUUGAUGACGAUUCCAAAGAUAACGGCAGAUUCGCCUUCUCCAUACUAAACCCCACCGAAAGGGACGGAAAAUUUUUCACCAUAGAUCCGGACACCGGCCUUCUCAAAUCCGCCGCGACAUUCGACCGCGAAACCAAAAGCCAGUACAAUUUCCGGGUCAAAGUUUCCGACCCGGAACUCGCCAACUACUUCGACAUCGCCAACGUCACGGUGACCAUCGAAGACGACAACGACCACGCGCCUGUGGUCAUCCAACCGCCGGCGACCAACCGGACAUUUCACUGCCAGUUCAACACGACCAUCGGGACGGUCAUCACGACUUUUGUCUCCAUCGACGAGGAUGACCCUCGCAUGGUGGACAUCUCGUACGAGCUGAACGAGAUUCUCCCUCCCAAACAGAAGAGCCCUCUCUUCGCCAUCGACACCUACACCGGAAACCUCCGAGUGGCCAGGCAGAUCCGACCGGAAGACGUCGACACGCAUAAAAUGGAUAUCGUCGUACGAGACGGCCCGACGCCUACGUCACAGUCCUCGCUCGUCACCAUAUCCAUCGUCGUCGAGCCCGGUAGUGAAGAAGCCAUGAGGGCUUUUAACUCGGACACCUCCAAAACCAACACCAUCAUCGUCAUCAUCAUCGUCGCCGCCACCAUCAUCCUCGCCAUCGUCAUCAUCGCCGUCAUCUGUCUCCUCCGCCGCGGAGACAAAAAACGGAACCCCCAACCGCCCAGCCCUCACGUCAUCAACAACGACAGCAAACUUUACAACGCGGCCAAAUGGGUCAGCCAGGUGUCUAUCGGGCCGCAUGACCUUGAACCUGAAGAGGUGCGGGCGACCCUGGAGGUCCCGGGCGAGAAGAAGAAGAAAAAGGAGGUCAGUUUCUCUUUAGAGGACGACGUCGUCGGCUCAGCCGACACGACGACGGGGUCACACGCCAGCGUCUUCACGCCCUCCCCCAAGACGAUACAGCGUGGUGAUGGAAUACCAUUUCGUGUG